AUGGAAUUUCGAUUACAGGAUAAUAGCAUUGGACGACCGAAAGUAGAUAAUGGAACUAUUGUAGAUUUUUUAAGAUAUACGUUAUAUUACCCUUGCAAUAAUAGCCUCACAUGCACGCCAUAUGUUACGACACUCAAGCCAGGGUACUACAAAUUCGAGCUCUACGGUGCAGCCGGAGGAUUUGCUCGUGCAAAUAAAGGCGGAAAUGGAGGCUACAGUGUUGGAUAUUACGUAAAUAACAUCUCUACAGAAGCAUAUUUCUUUCUUGGCGGAAAAGGUGAAGAUGGACCAAAAUUCCAUAAAUCAAAUAAUAACACGCCAGGAGGGUUUAAUGGUGGAGGUUUUAGAGGUUAUGACACUCAUUAUGGAACCUACUCCGGUGGUGGUGGCGGUGGAAGUACAGACAUUAGAAUCGGCUCUGAUAAAAUUGAGAGCAGAAUAAUCGUCGCUGCCGGUGGAGGAGGUGCUUGUGGGUAUGAUAAUGAAAACGAAGGAGGAAAUGCUGGUGGACUCCAUGGAAGUGAUGGAAAAUCCUUACGACCUGAAGGGAGAGUUGGUGGAGGUGACACUGAUCAAUCAGGCGGAAUAGCUUAUUCAUAUCGAGGUGCAACAAGUGGCAGCCUAUUUUAUGGUGGUAAUGCCUCUACAAUGCUAGAUGCAUAUGGUGGAGGAGGCGGAUACUUUGGUGGUGGCGGUGGUUCUUCAACAGUCGACCAUUAUCAAGGUUUCUGUGGGUCAGGUGGCGGUGGUAGUGGGUAUACAGGAGGUGUUUGGAGUUCGGAUAGAUUCAAAGUCACUGCUGAAACAAGUGAAGGCUCCAACGAAGGUAAUGGAUACAUGAAUAUAUAUUAUUUCGGGAAUUCUGAAUCUAAUUAUGCUAUUAGAUGCAAAACAAUUGUUUGCAGAUGUAGAUUUAGACAUAUAUAUUUCUGUUUAUGGUUUAAAUAA